AUGAUCGAAGAGGUUCUUGGGUCUGGUACCUACGGCGUCGUCUACCGAGCGGUCGACACCACUUCCCCCGAACGCGAAGAAUUUGCCGUCAAGGCCGUGCGCCGCGCGCCACCUGACCACCAGGAACGCAAAUUUCAGGACCGCGAGAUCAAACUCCAUUCCAUCGUUUCCGACCAUCCCAACAUCAUCACCUCUCACGGCGCCUUCAGAGAAGGGCCGUAUCUCCUCUUCGUCAUGCAGUACUCCAGCGGAGGCGAUCUGUACGACGCAAUACAUCAGGACAAGAUGCUCUUCCAGAACGACGAGCGCACGAAGCAUGUCCUUCUUCAGGUUAUCGACGCGCUUGAAGCGUGUCAUUCAGCCGGAGUAUACCAUGGAGACUUGAAGACCGAGAAUAUCAUAUGCUCGCAGGAUCUGUCUCAAGUUUACUUGACCGACUUCGGGCUCUCUACGGAUAAAGCCAAGUGCUAUUCGUGCCCUAGGGGUACCUCGAUGUACAUGGCUCCAGGCAAUGCAGGCCCACUAUUUGGCGAGCGACACGUCUCCUCCGACCUUAUCGACAUCUGGGCUCUGGGAGCCAUGAUAAUCUUCAUGAUCGGCGGUCUCGUUCCCUGGGAGCAGGCCUCUCUCAGCGACCCCGAGUUUCGGAACUUCCUCAUCAACCCAUACUACCUUCAGACCUGGAUCCCCAUCUCCACUCCGGCCCAAAGACUUGUGAGGAAUAUCCUUACUCUCGACCCGGCACGCCGUCCGUCGCUUGAGAAGAUCCGAUCAGAGAUCACGAAGAUGCCCACUUUCUAUAUGGCAGAUAGAGAAAUCGCCUGGGCCUCGGAAGACGUCAAAGCCACCAAAGAAUACUUCACGCUCGACGUUGACCGUCCAAUUUUCUUCCACACCGAACAGCAUUCCGGGGCCAGUGCGCAGACAGACAGUACAAUUGAGAGCUCCGGAGGUCUCGUCACGCCAUUGUCUGCACCACCUACUAUAGAGCCUCGUAUGCUGGCAGACGAACUCGCUCAGGCCCUGGAGGCCACGUCGCUCAAGGGUAGUGAUUUUGUCUCUGCUCGAGACGAGACGAGUUUUACUUGCCUUCCCAACACCGAUAUUCUUCCCUGUCUUGGUGACGACCUCAUACUGCUGGCCACUCCCAGGUCUGACCAUUGUGAUGCAUUGGGUGCUGGCUCAAAGGACUGGAAAUAG